AUGUCUACGCCGCAAAAGGUCUCCUUCGACUCGCGCGGGCUGCGGCUCGCCGCGCUCCUCCACCGACCCGCCGCGGGCUCCCCCCCUCGCGCCGGCGCCGCCAUCGUCAUCGCCCACCCGUGGACCUCCAUCAAGGAGCAGUCGCCGGCCAACUACGCGCGCGUCUUCACCGCCGCGGGCUUCACCUGCCUGACCUACGAUGCGGCUUACCAGGGCGAGUCGGAGGGCCAGCCGCGCGACCUCGAGGACCCGGCGCACCGCGUCGAAGACAUCAAGUGCGCCGUCACGUACCUCGUCUCGCUCGCACCCGAAAUCGACGCCAGCAAGAUUGGCGUGCUGGGCAUCUGCGCCUCGGGCGGGUACGUGCCCUUCGCCGCGCAGACGGACCUGCGCAUCAAGGCCGUGGCCACGGCGGCGGCCGUCUGCGUCGGCACCAUGGCGCGCCGCGGCUACGACAAGGACUCGUCCAACAUGGAGGUGCUGCACGCGCAGCUCGAGGCCGCGGCCAAGGACCGCAACAGCGACGUGCCCGGCCACGAAAAGGUGCCCAUCGUGCACAUGCUGCCCGAGAGGCUCGAGGACGCGCCGCCCGACUUCCCCGAGUCGUUCCGCGACCUGGCCAGCUACUACCGCACGCCGCGGGCGCAGCACCCGCGCGCGACCAACACGACGCUGCCGCGCAGCUGGGACCUCAUGGCCAACUUUGAUGCCUUUGCGUUUAACGCCAUGAUUGCCCCGCGGCCGCUGCUCAUGGUCACGGGUACGCGUGCGGCCACGCGCUGGUACAGCGAGGAUGGCGUCGCCAAGGCCAAGGAGCCCAAGGAGCUGUACGUUGUCGAGGGGCUGACGCACGCGGACUUGUAUGACAAGGUGGAUGAGGCUGGCAAGAAGAUGGUGGAAUUCUUUGGCAAGUACCUGGUGUGA